AAAAGGGGAAAGAAAAAGCAUAGGAAAAAGGAUCGAAAGGAAAGCAAAACAUUUAUGUUUUUUUUCCCAUAGAAUUUUCCAAAAAACCAAGAUGAUUCCGGACGAUGUGCAACUGAUGAUCGACAAAAUAUGUCGGUCCUGUAUGUGCGAAAGUGCCGAAAUGCAAAAUGUUUUUGAAAAAUCCAUUGGUUUUGAUGCUAAGGAGUCUGGGGAUCAUGAUUUACUUCUUCGCGAUAUGCUUAUGAGCUGUGCUGCUGUUGAGGUAAGCUUAGGAGAUGGACUUCCUUAUUUGCUAUGCACGGUUUGCGAGUCAAAACUGAAUACAGCCUACCAGUUCAAGCAGCAAUGUGAAAAAUCUGAUGCUGCCUUAAGGGCGCUUACCAAUCCCCAACCACCAAAAGACAGCAAAUCUAGUGAGGAGGCUAUGGUUAUACAGCCUGAUGUGCACCAGGAAUUAUUUGAAAUUGAAAGUGAUGAUGAUUUGCCAUUAUCCAAAAGAAAACGCACCAUUUCUCCUAGUACCUUAACGUGUCCGUAUUGCUUGAAAGUUUUAUCUUCUAAGAAAAAUUACAAAUGCCAUUUAAGAUUACAUACUCAAGAUGGACUAAGAUAUUGUCCAGUUUGUCCAGCAAAAUACUCACGCACUAAUCACCUAAUGAGACACAUAAAUAAUCACGACAAAACAGACGGACAAUACUCAUGUAAAUUGUGUAAUGAAACGUUUUCCCUUUGUGGUGAUCUUUAUCGUCACAUGAAAGUGCAUUUAAACAAAGUCGAAAAAAAACUAGAAAAAAGCGAACUAGAUAUUAAAAUAGAAAUUAUUAAAGAUGAAAGUACAAAUGCUGAAAAGGAAAAUAUUAUAGAAGGAGAGGAUGAAAAACUGACGCUUGAUGAAUUGAUAGCUGAGAAAGAUACUGAGGAUUCAAUGGACAUUCCUUUAAGUCAAUUUCCGUUUAGUGACAAUGAUGACAAUUUUGAUGAUAGUAUAUCGAAUGAAGAUGAAGAAGAAAUGGCAUUGGUGGUUAAACAAGAAAAGAGACCCAGAGGCAGGCCACCAUCAAAAAAAGAUAGUACAUUGUACGAGUGUAAACAUUGUAGGAAAAUUUUAACUACUCAUGCUGGUUUGAAGCUACAUUUAAGGAAGCAUACUGGAAUUGAUUUGGCACAAUGCAAGCAUUGUGAUAAAUCAUUCACAAAGAAGAGUCAUCUAAAUAGGCAUUUGCGCUCUCACGGAAUUAAUAAUGUUAAAAACAAAUUGAAGGGCGACAAGAAGACUAGAGAAUGCGAAUUCUGCGACCGUAAAUUCAAAUACAAAAAGAGCUACUUGCAUCACAUGCAAAUUGAACAUGGAAUGUCCGAUAUGGAAAGUGACACUGAAAAAAGACCCACCGAAGAUACACCAAUCGAAGAACUGCCAACUGCAAACAAAACCGACAAAACUAACCAAGAAAAUGGUGACAUUGCCCUUGAAAACUACCAAACCAACGGUGAAACGUCAGUAGAAGACUUGCUAGAAAAAAUGGAACCCGGAGACGAUCUAGAUCUCUCUCAGCUUGAUGAAAAUGACACAAAGCCCAAACUCAAAGUGCACACUUGCCACGUUUGUCAAGCUCAAUUCGCCAGAGCCAACCACCUCACCCGACACAUGACUUUGCAUAGAGCAGUGUUGACGCACAAGUGUGACAGGUGCGACCAAGCAUUUUUCACAGAAGGUCUAUUGAAAGAACACAUAGAACAGCAACACAUCAAUAAGCCUUACAUUUGUACGACUUGUAAUAAGCCUUUCAGUAGGGGUGAGCAUUUAAUACGUCACUUGAAGUUGCAUCAGGAAGUCACUGAUGAGGGUGAACAUAAGUGUUCUAUUUGCGAAUCUGUGUUUCAAAGAUCUGAUCAUCUAGCAAGACACACAAAAACCCAUUUGAUGCAAGAUAAAAGACACGUUUGCCUUGAUUGCGGUAAGGCCUUUAAUAGAUUGGAUAACCUUAAAACUCACCAAAGAAUCCAUACUGGAGCUAAAGAUAAUGCGAAAUUGCAUUUGUGCGUUUAUUGCGGUAAAGAAUUUAAUAAUUCCAGUAAUAUGAUUGUUCAUAUGAGGAGGCAUACAGGAGAGAGGCCCUAUAAAUGUAAUGAGUGCGGUAAAGGUUUUCCAAGAUCUCACGACUUGAAGUGUCACGAGAGGACUCAUUCAGGUGAAAAGCCUUAUUUGUGCACAUUGUGUGGGAAGUCCUUUAAUAAAAGUAAUAAAUUGCUACGUCACAGUAGAGUCCACACAGGCGAACGUCCCUACGUUUGUAACAUUUGCUCACGCGCCUUCACGCAAUCCAACGAUUUAGCUUUGCACAUGCGCAGACACACCGGUGCUCGACCUUACGCUUGUGGCGUGUGUCCUGCCAGAUUUAUUCAAUCCGGACAAUUGAAGAAUCACCGGCGCCAAACUGGACACUGGAUGGAAACACAACCGGACCUUAAAGGAGGACAUCGAGUGGAACCAGUGACGUCUGCAGUGGAACCGAUGCCGAUAAAAUUCAAAUCGUUCGGCAAAACCCGUGGAAUGGUUAAAAUUGAACAGCAACAAGGGGAACCGUUAUUAUUAGCCAACCAACAACCCAGCAUACUCGAGCAAUCUCUCAACUCGCAACAAACUCAUCAAUUAGGCGAAUUGCAACAGCCUCAACGCAUUUUGAUGGGAAUUAUGGGCAAUAUUAAGCUUCAAGGUGAAAAUGGUGAACCAUUGAUACUGGAUGGCAAUACCAAUAAAAUAGUUGAGCUACCAGGUGGUCAAUUGGGUUUGGUUAGUUUGCCCACAGUGAUACAAAAUGCUGAUGGUGAACAGAUUAAAUUGAAAACUGAAAUUGGUAAUUUUAAUUUGGGUCAAGUUGAUGAGGAUUUGGAUAAACAUGAAGUUAGUACUUCUAGUGUUUCAUACCAAGAUACUGAUGGGGUUGUAUUUUCUACAGUACAAACUGGUACUACGUAUAGUUCGGCAGAAAAUUUCAAUUUUCAAACUUUUAAUUAGGUAGCUUUUUUUCUGAUCUCAACAACUGUUUGGUUUUCACAUUAGAGUGGUUAAGUUAAAUCAAUUCCUUAGUUUAUGUACAAGGUUUUUGGUCAUUAUAAAUAACUUGCCCGUAGGAGAAUGCCUACUUUAACUAAAUAUGUCAUUGUAAAUAUUAUUUGACUUGUGGGAAUCCUUGUCUUUUUACUUUAUGUAUUAUCCAGCAUCACAUUUUUACUUAUAUUUAAGAUUUUACUUGUAAAUAUAUUUGUAUUUUAUAUAAACUAUAGAGAAAAAUAAAUAGGUGUAUUUUAUGAAUUUAAUUAUUUACUUAAAGUGUAUCUAUUUUUAAGAUUUGCCA